UAUUUUGGCAGUGCAUUUUAUUAAUCAGGAAGUGAAGUGCCGUUGACUACAGAUUUCUGACACAUUGCGUUUCACAGGAGUAACUAAUCUCAUCAUGAGUAGAGUCUACUACAUCCUCAGUGCUGCUCUUUUUGUGUUAGAAAUCCCAGAGACCAAGGCGCUGCUAGAAAACUCCAAUGACUGUUGUGAAAGAAUAAAGAGAAUGAAUGAAACCUGUGUGAAUAUUACACUCUGUGAUCCUGGACUCCUUCUAGUUCAGGAGAACAGUACAACUUUUUGUGUUUCCUGCGAUUCAACGGAGCAGGGGAAUUCAUCUUUACUGAACAAUACAAGGACUAGUCAUAUUCUAGUACCUUUAUUCUCAGUGAUUGGUGGUCCAGGUGUAGCAGCUUCUGUCCUUCUAGGAACUCUUCUGAUCAGCCUGUGUCUCAUCCUCUCGGUUGCAUCUUUCUUUUACCUGAAGCGUUCCAACCGCCUCCCUGGUGUCUUCUACAGCCGCAACAAGGAUUUUAUAUUCCAACCAAGUGAGAGGGCUGUCAUGAUUCCAGAAACUACAUCUUCAGUCCGCAAGCCAAGAUAUGUUAGGAGGGAGAGGCCAUCAUCAGCAUCCAGCAGUGCUACUGUGGCGACGGGAGCAGUAACCAAGGUAUACAAUGUGUGACCAGCUUUCGAGGGCCAGCUAUGAGGACCCUUUUAAAACAUGGGUCUGUCCCAAAGCACUGUUUUCUUAUAGGAUUGCCUUUUUUUUGUGAAACUUUUCCUUUGUUGGCUACAUGAAGAAGGGACAUGUCUUGAUGUAGGAUUUAUCUUUUUUAAUUUCUUUUCUUUUCACUGAAGCAAAUUAUUUAUUUCUAUUUAUAUAUUUUCACACAAUACACUGUUCCUUUUUUUUUUUUUUUUUUUAAGAGACCAGGUGUUGCACUACUAGAGUAUUUUUGAUUGUUAAGCUGUAAUUAAGUCUAGUAAGUUGUUUUGGAAAGAAUUUUGUAAUGUUUAUAUUUAUUAGCAGUAUUUUUGUGUGAUAUUGAACUUUUGAAUCUUGUGACAUUGUAACUAGGAUCCAAAACAAGACUUCCGGAGUUAGUCAUGUUUGCACACUACCAGCUCCUCCCACUUCA